UGCAUAUGACAAAUAAUUUGCCGCAUUGUUCAGACGUGAAAUGGAUCCAAAAGUUGACUUUUGUCUUUUUUUUUUUUUUUUUCUUUGUGGCGUUCUUGUUUCAAGCUUGCAUGUGAAAUGUUGAGGAAAUUUUCGGGUUUUUCUUGGUUCUAAUUUGGUGCUUUCGCGUCUUCCAUUUUGACUUGCAAAAGUUUUUCUUUCGGUGCCGCUCACAGAACGGAUUUUGCGCGAUGGCUUCCGGGGUGCCGGUGAUCCCGGCGUCGUUUUUCCCCAGAUUGCCAGUUCGCCGCUUUGCAGAUUCAAGCCGACAACUUUGGCAAUGUUUUUUGCACGAGGCGAAGGUCGCCGACUUUGCGAUCCGGGCCGAACGCGUCGCCUGAAAGUGCGAACGCCGGUCUGCUCGGUCCCCGCAGGCGUUCUGGCGCAAGAAGUCCUGCCGGACGACCCCUUCGCCGCGGGCUGGUCCUACAUCGCCGCCUCCUACGUCAAAUAUUUGGAGAGCGGCGGCGCCCGCGUGGUGCCCGUCAGGAUCAAUCGGACCCAAGAGGAAUACGCCAAGAUCUUCUCGUCCAUCAACGGGUUGUUGCUGCCGGGCGGAGACGUGGACAUCGAGACGUCGCAGUACGCGCGGGCGGCCCAGAUCUUCUACGACCUGGCUCUCAAGGCCAACAACGACGGCGACUACUUCCCUCUAUGGGGUACGUGUCAGGGUUUCCAGCAGCUGACGGUGUUGACGGCCAGCAAGAACCUGCUGACGACCACGGACACCAAAGCCGUGGCUCUACCGCUCACUUUCACGUCGGCGUCGCCGUCGAGCCGUCUCUUCCGCGACUUCCCCGAAGACUUGAUGCGCUCCCUGUCGGAGGACAACAUCACCGUCAACUUCCACAGCUGGAGUCUCUCUCUUCAGAACUUCAGCCGUAACGCCAAGCUGAAAAGAUUCUACAAGGUUCUUUCCACCAACACGGACGGCAGGACGGACUUCGUCUCCACCAUGGAAGCCCGGCGCUACCCGUUUUACGCCGUGCAGUGGCACCCGGAGAAAGCGCCCUUCGAGUGGGUGGACAAGCCGGGCGCGGUCCACUCGACCCAGGCCGUGCGGGCCUCCUUCUACGCGGCCAGCUUCUUCGUCUCCGAAGCCAGCAAAAGCCGUCACAAGUUUCUCAGCCCUUCCGAGGAGGAGCGGGCCCUCAUCUACAAUUUCGCGCCCGUCUUCGCGGGCCUGGACGCCAUCUUUGUGCAAAUCUACUACUUUGAUUGACCGAGCGGCUGCCGACGUCGUCCGCUAGGUGGCGCCACGUGACCACCGGAUGGAAGCAAUGAAGGAGUCUCGAUUUUCGGGGUAAAACAAGUACAAUUUAUUCAAAAAGAAAAAGAAAAAGAAAAAGACCUGAUGCAUUCGCACUGAAUGGGAAAAACAAUUCAAAUAUGCUGUAUGCUAAAAAUGAAUUUCCUUGCCUAAAACGAAGGAACAGUAAAAAUAUUUGCUACU